AUGGCUGGCAACGUUCGGCAGCCCAUCGACGUAGCGUCUUUGGAGCGCUACAUCUCUGCUCAUGUGCCCGAAAUCCAGGUCCCGUUGGACGUGAAACAAUUUGGAUAUGGCCAGUCGAACCCAACCUACCAGCUGACGGACAAGACUGGCAAGAAAUAUGUUCUGAGGAAGAAGCCUCCGGGCCAGCUGCUAUCCAAAACGGCACACAAAGUCGACCGCGAAUACCGCAUCAUCCAUGCGCUGGAGAAGACCGACGUGCCCGUUCCACGAGCACUAUGUCUCUGUCAAGACGAAAAGGUCAUUGGCACCGACUUCUACAUCAUGGAAUUCCUCGACGGCCGCAUCUUCGAGGAUCCCGCCCUUCCCAGUGUGACUGCUGAUGAACGAACCAAAAUGUGGCGCUCGGCCAUUACCACGCUGGCCAAAUUCCAUCGCGUAGACCCAGCCUCUGUAAACCUAGCAUCCUACGGCAAGCACUCGGGCUUCUACAGCCGCCAAAUCACCACCUUCAACACGAUAUCGCAGUCGCAAGCGGCAGCCCAGGACAAGGAGACGGGGGAGCCCGUCGGCAAGAUCCCGCACCAAGACGCCAUGGUAUCGUUUUUCACCGACCCCAAGACGCAGCCGCAGGACCGCGCCACGUUUGUGCACGGCGACUACAAAAUCGACAAUGUCGUUUUCCACAAGACGGAGCCCCGCGUCAUUGGCAUCUUGGACUGGGAAAUGAGCACUAUUGGCCAUCCGCUGUCUGACUUGACCAACGUCCUCGCUCCCUAUGUCACCGCCUCCAACGAAACUGCAAUGACGAUUGGCCGCGCUCACAAGGGCUUCCAGCCAGGCGCCACCCCGGGCCUGCCCACCCGCGACCAGCUGAUUGCUUGGUACUCGGAAGUCGCCGGCUGGGAUCCCACGCCCGACUUUACCUGGGGCGACGCCUUUUCCACCUACAGGCUUGCCAUUAUCAUGCAGGGCAUUGCCGCCAGGUAUGCUCUCCGCCAGGCCAGCAGUGCUCAGGCCCAAGAGUACGGCCAAAUGACCAAGCCCUAUGCCGAGAUUGCGUGGCAACUGGUGCAGGAGUUCAAGAGAGGUCAGGGAAAAGCAAAGUUAUAGAUAGUUCCUUGCCACUUGUCAAUAUAAACUCGACUAUUGCAGCG